AUGCGUACUGGCGCCUACCCUCUUCAGUCUUAUGUUCUCUGCAUGCUGAUGGACGCCUACCGUGAUGAGCACCCCUGGAUACGCAUCGCCUACAGGACGGACGGCCACCUCCUCAAUCGACGGUGGAUGCACUUCCAAUCGCUCGUAUCCACAACCACUGUUCACGAACUUCUCUUCGCCGACGACUGCGCCCUGAACACCACCUCGGAAGAGGACAUGCAAAGGAAUAUGGACCUCUUCUACGCCGCCUGCGAGAACUUUGGUUUGGUCAUCAGUACGCAGUGGACGGUCGUCAUGCAUUAACCGCCACCCAACACCGCCACUCCCACCAACGCUCCACAAAUCAGCGUGAACGGAUCGCAACUGCAAGUGGUGGGGACCUUCCCGUACCUGGGCAGUACCCUCUCCCGCAACAGCAAGAUCGAUGAUGAAAUCGCCAACAGGAUCUCGAAAACCAGUCAAGCCUUCGGUCUCCUCCAAAGCACAGGUUGGAAUCGUCACGGUCUCCAACUGAGCACGAAGCUAAAGAUGUACACGGCUGUCAUCCUGCCGACGCUGCUGUGCGGAGUGGAGACUUUUAUAAUGUACAUAAAGCAGGCACGCCGACUGAACCACUUCCACCUCAGUUUUCUCCGUCGUAUCCUGAGUCUGAACUAGCAGGAUCGCACCCCCGACACUGAUGUGCUGGAACGGAGGGGAAUCCUCAGCAUCUACACCAUGCUGAGACAACUGCAUCUGCGCUGGAGCGGCCACCUGGUGCGCAUGGACGACGAGCCACUACCCAAACGCUCUUCUACGGAGACGUUGCGACAGGUUCUCGCCGUCAAGAUCAGAUUCGCCGAUACAAGGAUACACUGAAGUCCUCCCUGAAGCGUCUGCAAAUCAACCCUACCAACGGGGAGGAGCUCGCACUCGACCGACAGACCUGGAGGAGGACAGUGAAAGCGGACGCUGCUAUCUACGAAGCCAACCGCAUCGCCGCCGCCAACGUGAAACGCGAAGCCCGCAAAUCACAACUUCGUUCAGUACGCAACGCCGACGCACAACCCCUCCCAACGUGUCAUCGAUGUCAACGGACAUUCCGAGCUCGGAUCGAACUUGUUGGACAUCUUCGGAUCAACUGCGCCUCUCGAACUGCACCAAACAGCGUCCCAUAUCCUCCUCUUCCUAGUCAUCUCUGCCGCCAAUUAACUCUGAUAAUUCUUCUGAACCACCGCUUCCAUCAUCCUCCUCCUCCUCCUCCUCAACCACUGUCCCAACGACGGCCGCUCAGGCGGGCGUCUUGCACAUCACCAACCAUGACACAACAACCGAAACCACCCCCAUUUCCUCUAACUCCAGCGAUGAGGAUCAGGACUACACCUGCCCUCACUGCGACCGCACCUUCACCUCACACAUCGGCCUGGUCGGUCACUUGCGAAUCCAUCGCACAGAGACUGGCGAACCAGUGCCCGGAGCAUCAACCUAUACCCACCAAGCUCACUGCCCACACUGCCCUCGCACCUUCACGCAUCGCAUGGGUCUAUUCGGUCACAUGCGCAUCCACGACGACCUGCGCUCGACAACUGCCGGCUACACCACACAUUCAUACACUCCUUACCUCCUACAACACCAUCACCCACCAAACAUCAACAUUCACCCACCGCAAGCACCCAACUGCAACCUCCUACGCACGUGGGAAGUGUACAUCUCGACUGGGUCCCCAUGCGGUUUUGGCUGCACGGAUGACUUGAGUCCGAGACUAUCCCGACACGUCAAGCGUCGUGGAUAG